AGUGAAAAUGCUUGAGCAAGCUGUCUUUUGUAGAAAAGGUCUAUCAUGUGAGUAGUAAGGACCUCUCAGGAUCUGAAUGUGAAAACAAGACGACCUCAAGCUCUGAUCCACCAGGGGAUGCUGCCAGCAGGCUGAGUUAGAUGUGAGAGGCUCCUUGUGCUCCACUCAGUACAGCAGGGUAGCAGGGAUCUUUACACUCAAGGCCUCUUUCCCUCAGCCAGCUCCAGGACCAUGGCACAACCGGCUUCCACCGACCCCACCAAGAUGGGAGAGGGUCGGGCAAUCGCCGUGCUGACUUCAGGAGGCGAUGCCCAGGGAAUGAAUGCAGCUGUGAGGGCCACAGUUCGAGUGGGAAUUUACACUGGAGCCAAGGUGUAUUUUGUCCAUGAGGGUUACCAAGGUCUGGUGGAUGGAGGAGACAAUAUCCGCCCUGCUACUUGGGAGAGUGUGUCAAUGAUGCUACAGCUGGGUGGGACUGUGAUUGGAAGUGCUCGCUGUCAGGAUUUCCGCACCAAGGAGGGACGCACCAAAGCCGCCUGUAACUUGGUCAAGCUGGGCAUCACCAACCUGUGUGUGAUUGGUGGUGAUGGCAGUCUGACGGGUGCAGACCAGUUCAGAAAAGAGUGGAGUGAGCUGCUGGCAGACCUGGUCAGAACUGGUAAGAUCACGUCCGCCGAGGCAAAGGGUUCCUCCAAUCUCAAUAUCGUUGGCAUGGUGGGCUCCAUUGACAACGACUUCUGUGGCACCGACAUGACCAUUGGCACAGACUCUGCCCUGCAUCGCAUAAUAGAGAUUGUGGAUGCCAUCACCACCACAGCACAGAGUCACCAGAGGACCUUCAUCCUGGAGGUAAUGGGCAGGCACUGUGGUUACCUGGCUUUGGUGACAGCUCUGUCCUGUGGCGCUGACUGGGUGUUCAUCCCAGAGAUGCCCCCAGAGGAUGGAUGGGAGGAGCAUCUGUGCAGAAGGCUGACAGAGCAAAGAGGCCGCGGCUCCCGUUUGAAUAUUAUCAUUGUUGCAGAGGGAGCAAUAAACUGCAAAGGAAAAGCCAUCACAUGUGACGACAUCAAACAGCUGGUAUCACAGAAGUUAGGCAUUGACACCCGCACCACCAUCUUGGGCCAUGUGCAGAGAGGAGGAACCCCUUCUGCCUUUGACAGAAUCCUGGCCAGCAGGAUGGGCGUGGAGGCUGUGAUGGCUCUGCUGGAGGCCACACCAGACACUCCCGCAUGUGUGGUCAGCUUGUCUGGAAACAUGGCUGUCAGGCUGCCUCUCAUGGAGUGUGUGCAAGUGACUAAAGAUGUGACCAUAGCUAUGGCUGAAGGGAGGUUUGAAGACGCAGUGAAGCUCAGGGGAAAGAGCUUUGAGAACAACUGGAACACUUACAAAAUGCUGGCUCAUGUGCACAUCCCAGAAGCAAAGAGUAAUAUCAACAUUGCCAUAUUGAACGUGGGAGCUCCGUGUGCUGGAAUGAAUGCUGCAGUUCGUUCGACUGUCAGGAUUGGGCUCCUCCAGGGCCACCAGAUGCUGGCAGUGCACGACAGCUUCGAUGGCUUGGCUCAUGGAAUGAUUGAGCCUAUUGGUUGGUCCGGAGUGGCAGGAUGGACUGGAAAAGGAGGCUCCCUGCUGGGCACAAAGAGGUCCCUGCCACAUGAGUUUAUGGACGAGAUCAGUCUGAGCAUCGCUAAGUUCAACAUUCAUGCUAUAGUCAUUAUUGGAGGCUUUGAGGCAUUUGUUGGGGGUCUGGAGAUGGUGCAGGCUAGAGAGAAAUAUGAGGAACUUUGUAUUCCCCUUGUCGUUGUUCCCGCUACUGUGUCCAACAAUGUUCCUGGAUCUGACUUCAGUAUUGGCACUGACACCGCACUCAACACCAUAACCAUGGUAAAAUUCAUAAAGAACACAAAACAAACACAUGGCCAUCCAAACACUAAAUCUUACUCACUGCAUUCUUCUUCUCUUAUUUCUCUUUAUCAGACAUGCGACAGGAUCAAACAGUCUGCUGCCGGCACCAAGAGGAGAGUGUUCAUUGUUGAGACGAUGGGAGGAUACUGCGGCUACCUAGCAACCAUGGCCGGCCUGGCAUCUGGAGCGGAUGCUGCUUACAUUUAUGAGGAGAAUUUCAACAUUCAUGACCUAGAGGUGAAUGUGGAACAUCUGGUGGAGAAGAUGAAGACCACAGUGAAGAGAGGACUGAUUCUAAGAAAUGAGAAAUGCAAUGCAAACUACACCACCGACUUCAUCUUUAACCUGUACUCAGAGGAAGGCAAGGGUGUGUUUGACUGCCGGAAGAAUGUACUUGGACACAUGCAGCAGGGUGGAACACCCAGUCCUUUUGACAGGAAUUUUGGCACCAAGAUGGGGAUCAAGUCUGUGUUGUGGUUGACUGACAAGCUGAAGGAAUGCUACAGACAUGGUCGUAUCUUUGCCAACUCUCCAGAUACAGCCUGUGUGCUGGGCAUGAAGAAGAGAUCUUUGGUCUUCCAGCCUCUGGUAGAACUCAAAGAUCAAACUGACUUUGAACAUCGUCUUCCAAAGAUACAGUGGUGGCUAAAGCUGAGGCCCAUCCUGAAAAUCCUGGCCAAGUACAACAUCGAUCUGGACACCACUGAAAAGGCUGCGAUGGAACACGUCAUCAAGAAGAGAGCCGUAGUUCCUUAGAAACCUUUUCGCUCUCUGACCGUCUGUUAUUAAAAACACUUUUUAAACUCUGUCUCUGAAAAGUGCAAUAAAAUUAAAGAUGAUAAUCAUAUCACCAAAACACAUCGCAAGACUCACAGGUGAUUAUUUUUAACACAUUUCUGCUCCCUGUUUCACAGCAAAAAACCUGACAGUAUUUGUAUGGUGUAGUUUAUGUAUUAUCAGAAUUGCAUAAAAAAUCGGCUUGGGUCCAAAUUUAAAUCCCCUCAGUCAUUAACGUUAGUAGCAUUGCAAACAAAUAUAAACCUUGACCCUAUUGUUUAUACUGUAUGUAAAUUAGUGAAUUUGAAUAAUUUGAUUGCUGGUUUCCUUUUUUGCUUCUCAUCCUAUAACUGCUCCCUGUACCCUUAUAAAUCUCAGGCCUGGUUAUAAUACUGAUUAAAUCUACUACAAAGGUACAAAAAAAAGAUUAAACAUAGAUUUGAAUCUUGUUAUAUUAAGCGUUGUUUGUUCACACUUUGUCUCGCUUUGUUAACACGCUCCCUCAACCCUUCAAGGAUCAAUCCGACAGAAGGCGUUUUAAGAGUAAUGGUUCAGUCAUUAAGACAGAACUGGGCAUUCCACUAGAAUUUAAAUCUGAUAAAGUUUAUUAUGUUGCUAAUGGAAACACACACUUAAUAAUAAUAGACAUUUAGCCUGCACUCCCUUCAACUAAAGGAAGGGAAGUUUCAACUGUUUAAAUACAGGUGAUCUUCAGUGGGCCCUCUGGUGGACAUGUUCCAAACAAAAAUAUAUUUUCAUCAAUCACCAAUUUAAAAAUAUGUGUUUACAAAACCUUUCCAGUAAUGGCAUCACAAACUAUUUGGGAUUUAAAGUGACCAGAAAAAGCAUUCACCCCAUGGACCUUUUCAUUUAUUAUUGCUUUUCAACAGUGAAUCACAGUGGGUGUAAUUAGUUUUUACUGAUCAACAAAAAGCUUCUAUUUAAAAUUGAAAUGUCAACACAAGCAAAUUAACUUUUUUGUUUUGAGUUUGGCUUACCCUUAGAGACUGAUGUCUUGCUGGAAAAUAAACAUCUUCUCCUAACGUAU